CGAUUACGAUGCUUCACAUAAGAGAGAGUUAACAAAUGAGCAAGUCAUGGCUGGUCGUGAAAGAUUCAGGACGACAUAUGCAGACAUGACUACAAGGUUUAGGAAUACAUAUGCAAACAAGACACCUGAGCAACGGGAACAAAGGCGCAAGCAACAGAGGCUUUACAAUAAAACUCCAUCUCGAAAAGAGGCAAUGAAAGUGACUACAAACCGCUCCAGGGAGGUGCAGAGACACACCUUAAACAAUGAGUCCAUUGCAAUGGAAAAUCCACUCUUUAAUCCGAAGAUGGUGUGGCCCGGUGCAAACUCAUCUAGGCCUCAUGGACCCAUAGUAAGCCCCAGCGAUUGGAUUAUCCCAGAAUCUACUGCAACACCUAUUUGCUUCCCACAACCUACUGAGGAGACAAAUGUUGUUGUUGAUGAUGAUGAUGGAUGCGGUGAUGUACUACUUGGUCAUAUGACACAUAGACAAAAUGUUACAUUUGGGCAAAGAAAUGCAUUAUUAGCCCAUCGUAACACUAUGUUUGAGCGUCGCAUCGGUCAAAACAUGGGAGUAGCUAACAAUGAUGAUGAAUGCAUGAAGAUAGACCAUGCGGAUGAAGAAACGCCCUUAACUCAGUCAACCGUGACCAACAACAAUGAUGAUGAGGGCGAUAUAUUUGAAGAGGAUGAGGAAGAGGAUGAGGGAUACUUGUUUGCUGGUCAAGAUGAAUCAGAUGAUGAUGUCCAAAGUGAUACUACUGAGGAAGACACAACUUCUAACCCUGAAGGACCUGACCCGUAUGAGAUGGUGUAUAGUAACAUGCCCCAAGAGACACAUAUGCUAAAACCUGUCCCAGAUUGCCACCAUUGUGGAGCGAAGAGGUUUCCAAAAGAACCUCCUGGGUUUUGUUGCCGCAACGGAAAGGUUGAGUUGAAUGCACCCGUCGUACCAAACCAGCUCAUGAGGCUUUGGACGAGCUCUGAUGCGGAUGCUAGGCACUUUCGUAGCAAUAUCAGGUUUUUCAAUGGCCACUUCUCUUUCACUUCCUUGUAUUGUCGCCUCGAUAGUGCUACUGCUAACAUUAGAAAUAGUGGCAUAUAUACCUUUCGUGCACAUGGCAUGAUCUAUCACAACAUAAGGUCAUUUGGUAUAGAAGAUGGUAAGGAGCCCAGACAUCUUGAGCUUUACUUCUAUGAUGAUGAUCCGAGCCUUGAGCACCGGUAUCGAAGGUGUCAUGAAGAACAGUAUAAAAAAGAUAAAGAAGUUAUAGACAGACUGGUGGCCAUCCUUCGUGACAACCCGUACUCACAACAUUUGAGGAGUCUAGGGCAAGCUGAACACCUCGAGGACUAUCAUCUUACACUUAACCUUGAUCAGCGAUUGGACCAAAGGACAUACAACAUACCGCUGGCUUCGGAGGUGGCUGUUGUUUGGAUCGAGGGUAGUGAACUCCUUGGUCAAUUUGAGAAUAGUGUAGUCCUACAUGGGAAAGAUAGGAGCAGGCAUGGCAUCCGAUCAUACCAUGGAUGCUAUGAUGCUCUUUCAUACCCACUCUUCUUCCCUAGAGGUGAGCUUGGAUGGCAUAUGGAUAUCCCAAAGAAAGGUGUUACUAUGGAGGAUGUCAACGUGGCUCGUGCCCUGCGUAAGGCUCGUAGUGGUAUUGAAGAAGAAGAAACAGGUUUGUUUAUCUUCUUAUACUUUUCAUGUAUAUCAAACCAUUAUCACAAGAACACCUCUAAUACCAUAGUUUUUGUAGACUCUCCGGGAAAUUUAUGUGUUUCUGUGCGUGACUACUACUGCUACAAGUUCCAGAUACGACCAGGAAUCUUUAAUCCCAUACUUCAUGGCAAGCGUCUUUUCCAACAAUUUGCAGUGGACACAUACAUCAAAAUCGAGAGUUCUCGAUUGGAUUACAUAUGCAAUCAUCAAACUGAGAUUAGGGCCGACCUCUACCAAGGAUUGGUUGAUAGCCUGCAUGCUGGUGAGGGUAGAUCAGAAGCUGUUGGAAAGCGGACCGUGAUGCCUUCGUCGUUUAUCGGAGGCCCGAGGGACAUGAGGCGUAGGUACAUGGAUGCCAUGGCACUGGUGCGAAGGUUUGGGAAACCAGACAUCUUCCUGACUAUGACAUGUAAUCCAAAGUGGGAUGAGAUCACGCGUGAGUUGUACCCUGGACAAACACCACAGGAUCGUCCAGACCUUAUUGAUCGGGUCUUUAGGGCAAAACUGGAAGAGCUUAAGCACGUGUUGUUAAAAAAGGAUAUCCUUGGAAAGGUCCGUGCACACGUGUAUGUUGUGGAGUUCCAGAAGAGGGGUCUACCGCAUGCACAUUUUUUGCUAAUCAUGGACAGACGCUACAAGAUCACGUGCCCAGAGCAGUAUGACCUACUCAUCUCUGCCGAGCUCCCAAACAAGAAGUAUCCAGACUUGUAUAAAAUGGUUACAAAGCAUAUGAUGCAUGGCCCUUGUGGAGUACUUAAUCGCAACUGCCCAUGCACAAAGGGCCGUGAAUCAUGCAAGAACCAUUACCCACGACCUUUCUGUGAUGCCACAUUACAAGGCAAUGAUUCAUACCCAGUUUAUAGACGACGUGAUGAUGGUAGAAAAGAAAAAGUUCGUGGGCAUGAGCUUGACAAUAGAUGGGUCGUGCCUUACAACCCAUACCUCCUACGUUUGUUCAAUUGCCACAUCAAUGUUGAAGCAUGUGGGAGCAUCAAGGCCGUCAAGUAUUUGUUUAAGUACAUUUACAAGGGUCAUGACCGCACGUCUGUAGCUGUGAGAGAGGCUAACAAGGAGGACAAUGAAGGAAACAUCGAUGAGAUCAAACAGUACAGGGAUGCUAGAUGGGUAACUCCACCAGAAGCCUUAUGGAGGAUAUAUGGUUUUGAUAUAAAUGAUAGGUCCCCUUCGGUGUUGUCCUUGCAGCUCCAUCUUCCUGACAUGCACAUGGUAUCAUUUCAUCGACGUGAAGGUGUUCGACGAGUGCUUAAUCGUCCAGGUGUUGAAAGGUCGAUGCUUACAGCCUUCUUCGAGAAGAACAACACAUCUGAACAUGCCCGUGGUAUAUUGUAUCGGGACUUUCCUGAGUACUAUAAGUGGGACUCACAAGGUAAACAAUGGAUUAGGAGGGCGCAAAAGAAUCAUUUAAGACAGAUUGGAAGAGUUGUAUGUGCCAAUCCGGCUGAAGGGGAGCGUUACUAUCUUAGGGUGCUUCUAAAUCAUGUGGUUGGUGCUACCUCGUUCACUGAUCUAAGGACGGUGUCUGGCGAACUCCUACCGACUUUCCGUGAAGCUGCAGAAAGAAGGGGCUUCAUUGAAGCGGACAACACGCUGCACGAGGGCCUUGCUGAAGCUACUCUAUGGAUGAUGCCAUAUGCACUGCGAAGGCUCUUUGCAACAAUCUUGGUUUUUUGUGAGCCGAGUGAUGUAUUAAAACUCUGGGAAAAGCAUAAGGAGGCAAUGUCAGAGGACUACAGGCGCAAUAACCAAUCAACCUUUGCGGUGGAGCAGAUGGUCCUCAUAGAUAUUCGAAAGUUGUUAGAAUCAAUGCAGAAGGACAUAAAGAUGUACCCACUUCCUGAUAUCGAUGACACAUAUGAUCCAUCCGGUGAUAUUCCCAGGGAGAUUUUUGAGGAGGCUAGCGUUGAGGCAAGCAUUGAUGACAUGGCACUAUCAAAGACCCUUAACGAGGAGCAGCGGGCUGCCUACAAUGAGAUUAUGUCUGCUAUUGAUACCGAUCACGGGGGUUUGUUCUUUGUGGAUGGACCUGGCGGCACAGGAAAGACUUAUCUAUAUAGGGCCCUACUCGCUACUAUACGUAGUCAGAACAAGAUUGCUGUGGCAACAGCAACAUCUGGUGUUGCUGCGUCAAUAAUGCCUGGUGGUAGAACCGCCCACUCACGCUUCAAGAUUCCCCUCACCCUCGAUAAUGGAGCCUUUUGUACCUUCACAAAACAGAGUGGUACUGCCAAGCUGCUUCAGACCGCAUCCCUUAUUAUUUGGGACGAGGUGACAAUGAUGAAGAGACAAGGUGUUGAGGCGCUAGACAACAGCCUCCGUGAUAUCAUGGACCGUCCUAACCUCCCGUUUGGGGGGAAGACUAUGGUGUUUGGUGGAGAUUUUAGGCAGUUUCUCCCAGUUGUUCAAGAGGGUCUUGGGCACAAAUAG